AUGGCGCAGUCCGAAGUGGAUUGGAGGUGCCGAGCGUGCUGGCGCACGAACAAAGCCAACACGGGGAAAUGUGCGCGAUGUGGCAUUCUAUGGUCUCAUGGCCAAGAUGUCACCUAUGUGCCACAGAAGCAGACCCGGAGUCCGAGAAGGGCGACAUGGAACUAUGCUGGGCAGCAGUCGCAGCAGACAUGGGCUACGUGGGCGGAUUCCCAAUGGGCAGACGCGCAACACGGAGCCAAAUCACAGUGGACCAAAUCGCGUGGCAAUACUCCAAAGAAGCGCACCUCAAGUCGGAAGAAGGGCAAGCCAGUGAACUACGGUGCUCCCGAAGUAGAACCUCCUUGGCAGCCAAACUACUCAGGAGGGCCCACAACAAGCACGACUGGCGAGGAUUCUUCAGGUGCACAGGAGAAGCUUGCGAUAUUGGCGACAGCGCUUCAAGAAUCGAACACGACUCUUGCGCCCAACGUCAGGGACAUCGUGAACGAGCACACGACCCCGGCCCCUUCGACCAAAGGUCUGAAGGCUGCGGUCGACAAGAUGGACAAGGCCAGGAAGAAGCUCAAAGAGGCCGAAAAAGCAAGAUACAACAUGCACGCAGCAUGGCGGCGUUACAUUGCCGACUCACUACAGCGAUGGACACAGUUCGCGGAGAAGUUCGGCAAGGACGAUCAAGAACUGGCAGAGCGAGUCCGAGCUGCGAAAGAGAAACUGCAGGCCACAAAAGAAGAGGUCGACACCAAGAAGGCAGCGUUAGAAGAGGCGGACGAGGAGGCUCACAUCGACAUUUCGGACGACGACAUGCAGGAGAAGGUGGACUCUGCGGAGAACAUUCAGGCCAGCUUGACCAACAUGGUGGCCAAUCUCCACGACCUGCAGCAGAAAGCCGAGGCCGCGAUCGUCGAAGCAGGAGAAACCAAAACCAAGCGACAGCGCACAGAAGAGCCUGGUCAUGGAUCCUCUGCUGCUCCUCCAUCUUCCAAGAACUCUUCAUUGGAGCCUUUUGGCGGGACGACAUCCUUGAGGUUUUCUGAGCACCUGGAGUUCUAUGUGGGUUUUGAGCACUCCGGGAAGAUGACACGGUUUCAACUUCCUUUGUCAUCCUUUUCACAACACGCGGCUCUACGAGAUUGGCUCCAAGAUCCAAAUGCAGGGUCCACGAACACCGCGGAGGACGAAGAUGCCACCGACGAGAUUUCGUGGAUGUCUGCACAUGUUCCAAGAGAUCCUGGAGCUCCUCUACCAUUUCAGAAUCGUGAUGCAGCUGUAGUUGCUGAUCUUCCUGCAGCUGCUCACCAAGAAGAUGAUGUUGAGAUUGAGGUCGAGGCGGCUAUUGAAGACCCCAGCAGCUCUUCUGAAUCGGAGCGUCCACAAGAGAUGAGGCAUUCCACUAUGGCGUUCUUCAUGGAUCGAGAUCCCAUGCACUGCAGGCCAAGAUGGUGCACAUAUGAGGAUCUACACAGGGAUAUCACAGAGUACUCAUCGCUUGGCGCUCACGACAUUGCCCGAGUUCAUGUUGUUGGCCAACCACCGGAAGAUCUACAGAUGGCAAGUGUUCGCCCUGUGAUAGUCCAGCAACCGCAAGACGUCACUGAAGGCUCUACUUUUCAAUUGGUUCUUCUUGAUGUGGAUUUUCACAAUGCCCUUCCUUCACUCGAGGCGGAGACUGUCAGGCGAGUCAAGUUGCUUCCUCAGACCAUUUCUAGGAAGGCUCUCAUCGCGGUUCUGGGACUCCAGCCAUAUUGCAACUAUGCAAGGAAGACGUGCCUUGUGUGGCACAAUCGUCAUCCAGUUGCAGCACAAAGCAAAGCGCUUUUAGACCUCAGGCAUGGGGACUAUGUGAAACUGGCUGUUCCCCCAGGGCGCGGUGAUCUACGUCACCAGCACACGAGAGACGUUGCACAGUGCAUGAGGAGAGGAUAUCGAGCUAGCAACAUACCAACCCUCAUGGAGGCGUUUCCUCAGGGCAUUGAUGUUGCAGACAUGCCAGUCAUUGACACGUUCAGUUUCAUUCCCAAGCCAGAGGACUUGGAUUAUGAUAGGGAUGCCAUGACUUUGAUGCAGAUUUCAGGCCCGCACAGACCCUCCUUUGAUCCCUGGCCGACCUUCCUGACGCGGUUUGACCAAUGCGAGGCUCCUUUGUGGCAGCUCAAGGUGGGAGAAGAAGACAGAGUAGAGUCAAGGAUUCUCACGACUUCAGAACAAGUACAACUACCUGGCGAUGGAGUUCAGCUUCGUUUUGGCAAUGAGAUUCCUUUUCUACAAGAUCUUCAUCCGUUUUGGGCACAUUUUGCAGCAGUGGAAAUUGAAGAAGAAGGCAGAGUUCUGUACAUUCAGACCUGGUUUUCUGAUCACGAACGUUUUCCGACUUGCGGAACAUCGCGUCCGGUACGGUUUGUCAGUAGUCUUGUUGAUUGCGCAGUUUGGCAUGGUGAUUAUGAGCUUGAUCAUGUGCAGCAGUACCCAACGAGACACGGAUUGAGCUUCAUCGUCAUACGGAAUCACCUACAAGAUGUCAUGCGAAGGGCAGCUGCGGCGAGCUCUGCAUCCAGCUCACUUGGCCCCUCACUUCUUCAGGUCAAAGUUGAGGUUCAGAGCAAACGAACGGUCAUUGCACUUUCGGAUCUUAUUCCAGAAGGUCAAGCUGAGACUGAGUCGGGCUACAUCCUUGCCAGAGUCAAAUGGUUUCUUCAUGAGCAACCACAUCCAGACUUUUUGACGCUACCACAGGCGCCCUCCAACAUUGAGGUUGAGCAGGAACUUUUGCAUUGGGGGCUGGAAGUGAGAGCGAUCGUUUGUUUGGAACGCGACUGUGUUCUUUGCUUGCCUCGCACGUUGCCCAACCAUGGUAGGUUCGACUAUUUCUUCGUGAACAUGGACGCUGAGGAUGAAACCGACAUCUUAGCCCACUCCGCAGACACCAAGUUGUCAGAGAUGAGACUUAUGCAAGUCCUUUAUCAGCUUGGGUACUGGCGGGCAGUGAUCAUGCAGCAAGAUGAAGUACAUCCACAGGUCUUCAAGAUUCUUUUCAAGGAUCAGAAGGUCAUUACAAUGAAACCUCCAAAGAAGCCUCUGCGAGAAGCUGUUUGGCCUCCUCAACAGUGCGGAAAUAGAGGGAUGUCACCUUUUUUCCAGCCUCCCAUUUCUUUUGGCAGUGAUCAAUUGGUCGACAUUGGCGUCUCGGUGGAGGACAUGCAUGACUUCUUCAACUCCCAUCAAGGAUCUUUGCGGUCAGACCUCGACGGGUACGAGCUGCCUGAAGAAAUCCAGACUGCAAUCAGUGCCUGUGAUCAGUCACUGAGGAUGGACGACCUUGACCGCCUGCUCAUUUAUGCAGACGGAUCUUCGAUGGGUUGUGCCAAGCAUACAGCACCACAAAGAGCAGAAGAAGAAGGAGUUGGAGAUACUUGGGCCUAUGUUGUUCUAGGUGAGAGGUAUCAACCACCAGGGCUUCGCUUCAUUGGAUGGAGCGCACAUCCCGUGAUCUACGAGGAGGGCCACAAUUACCACCUUGGUGCCAAGCGGGUUGGUGCAGACAUUGCAGAGAGGGAAGCCCUCACUUGGGCAGCCCUUUGGCGGCUCAGUCAAAACUGGGCCAUUCCAACCUGCUUCCGGUCGGACUCCAGAGUUUCCUUAGGCCAGGCGGAAGGCACAACUGGAUCGGCUCAGAUCGAUGACUCUUUGGUUUUCCUACGUGGGUCUUUCCAGGCGCUUGAGGCAGCCCUGGGAUCAGAUGGAGUGCUUUAUGCGCACGUGCCUGGACAUGUGGGUGAAGUUUGGAACGAGCUUUGUGACUGGCUUGCGAAAAAUGAAAGGCAGAAGAGCCACUACUGCACCAGACCGAGCUUUGCAGUUCCCAAGUGGUCACAGGCCAUCGCACACCUGUGGAUGAUCUUGCGACCACAGGUCGACCUACCGCAAUUUUGUGGCCACGGUCUUCACGCCCCUGCUCCCACACUUCCAGCUCAUCAUCAAGCCGCCAAGACGCCGCGCAUCGAGCCACCGCAGUGGGACCACAUGAGAUUCACGUUCAGCGCGUGUACUGCCAAUGUCCAGUCUCUUUGCACUCCUCCAGAGGGACAUGGUGGUAAGAUUGACUUUCUGAGGCGCCAGUUCGUUGAGUUUGGCUUCAACUUUCUUGGCAUUCAGGAAUCCAAGACGGACGAAUUUUGUUCUUGUGUAGAUGAUGUCUACAGACUCAGUGCAGGGCAUCACAAUCACCAACAAGGGGUUGAAUUAUGGAUCAACCUCAAACAGCCGUAUGGCUUCCUACGUGGCAAGCCACAGUUCUUUGCGCGUGGAGACUUUCAAGGUGCCAUUGAGACCUGGACGGAUCCCACGGGUCUCAACAAGCACUGCAUUGACUAUGUGCUUUUGUCUUCUCAUUUCAGCGAAGCCUGUGUCCUUUCACGUGUGGUCACAGAAUUUGACUUGGGCACCAGCAGUUGGGACCAUGAAGCCACGGCAGUCGAAUUCACAUGGACUUCUUGGGUUCCUCAUGGAUCACCUGGUAAAGGAGAAGGCCUUGGUUUUGAUCCUACGGCAGUCACGGCGGCCACAGUCAAGGAAAUUUUGCAUCAUCAUGAACCUGCAGCGUGGGAGACCAACAUUGAGGACCAUGUGCACGAGUUCACCAGGUCACUUCUUGAUGGCUUGCGAGAAAGGUGUCCGAUACAGAAAUCAAAACCAAAGAAGCGCCACAUCACACCAGAGAUUUGGGUGCUACGUGAACAGAAACUUCGGGCCAAGAAGCGGCUAAAGAACCUCGCAGUGCGACAGCGUGAAGAAAGUUUGGGAGUCAUUUUCAGAGCCUGGAAAGGACAGGGUGGAUCUUUGGUGAAGGCAGACAGCUUUCUGCUCUCCCACAACGCCCUUUGGAUCCACAAUCUUCACCUUGUUGCGCUUUAUCGCCGUGCAGCGCAUGAUCUUCGCAAGCAGCUUUGCAAGGCGAAGCAAAAUGCCCUCAAGGUUACAUUUGAGGCUAUGGAUGCGAAUGCGCCUGCCAGCCAAGUUCUACAUGAACUCAGGCAAAGACAGACUUUGCUGUUUGAGCGCUUCCUACAAGCAGAACAACUUGGGGGCCGCCCCACGGUCCCGGUGACCUUGGGCGUUCAUUUGGGCCGCUCCUUCGUUCGUGAUCGCCAUCGACGUGGUCACAACAUAGCGAUGCUGUUCAUCGAUCUUACAGAGGCCUUCUAUCGCAUCUUGCGCACGCUUGUGACAGGAGAGCCGGCGGAUGACGAGCUCAUCAUGAAGGUUGGACAGAAGCUGGGGUUCACUGAUGAUCUCAUGCAGGAGCUCUACAACCACCUUGCGGAGCCAGCGGCACUCGCAGCGGCGGGGCUUCCUGCACACAUGCAGAACGCGAUCAAGGCGUUACAUGUGGACACACAUUUUGCAGUCCGCGGGCAGGCUGACGUCUGCCGCACAGCCUUAGGCUCUCGCCCAGGCGACUGCUUUGCGGACGUGAUUUUCUCCUACCUAUGGGGCAGAAUUCUUCAUCGUUUUCAAGCCUCGCUCAAGGCCAUGGACAUUGACGAGCAGAUCCCGCAAGACGAUGGAUUGCGUCUUCGUUUGCCGGAUGAAGCCCCUGAAGGAAAAUUUUGCAGUUUCCUUGGGCCUACGUGGAUGGAUGACACGUGCAUUUGCGUGUCAGAUCCUGAUUCACACCAGCUGGAGCGCAAAAUCCAUCAAGCCACGGGAAGACUUUUGGAGCUGUGCACCACCCACGGGCUUACCCCCAAUCUGGGGCCAGGCAAGACUGAAGUUCUCCUGAUCUUUCAAGGGAAAGGCUCCAGGCAACAGAAGAUCAAAUAUUUUGGACCCACUUCUGACAAGACUUUGAAGAUUGUGGGUGAGAAGGGGAUGCAAUCCGUCAGAGUGGUGCAACACUACACGCAUUUGGGCUGCAUCCUUCAUCACAAACAGGACAAUCGGCGUGAAGCUCGUCGUCGUGUGGGCAUAGCGCAGCAGACCUUCUCGCAGCAUAGGCGCCAUUUGCUGCAGAACCCUGCGCUGUCAUUGGCUCGUAGAGUCGAGCUCUUCAAGACGUUGGUCUGGAGUCGUUUCUGCUUUGGUACGGAAUCAUGGACCCUAGAUGAAAAGGGCACCAAAGAGUAUGUUCACAAUGCACUGGUCCGGCUUUUCAAGAGAUUGAUCAAAGCGGGUCAUGAUGCUCACCUUUCUGACGAUGACGUCUUGGUUGAGACAGGCCUCAAUAGUCCCUCGGAACUUUUGCGCAUUUCACGGCUCCGAUACAUCGGUACUCUAUACCGUUGUGGUCCACGUGUUCCAUGGGGGCUGAUCAACAGUGACCAAAAGUGGACUACUCUGAUUGCGGAUGACUUGACCUGGCUUUGGCACCAACUGCAAAAUGCUUCGACGCUGCCGGAUCCAGCGGAGGUGAACAUGCAAUACUUCAACGGCGACGUCGACACCGUGUUGAAGGUUUUCACCAGAGCUUUGCACGAUGCUUCCAGCAGCUUGACCCACAGAGCUUUGGAGAUGAAGCCCUUGGGGCUGCUGACGAAGAACCAGUCUCUAUGUUUGGCUCAUGAUGGGCUUCUUCCACCGCUCCAAGCUGCCGGUCCUCGCCAAGAAGAUCAACCAGCUGUCGAACUACCUGCGCAUGACCUUCGACUUGCAGAGGAGAUUUACCUUGCAAUUUUGGAAGAUGAGGGGCAGACGGAUCUACAAGCUCUGGUUCGUGGAGUUGUGGCGCGUCGGGUCACUACAUGGACCAUCUGGUGCGCCACCAUCAACUACAUGCUGGAGAUUAUGACGGAGGCGGACAUUGAAGUGCUCAACGUCGGGGACAUUGACAUGAGGCGGCUCCUACGUGGACUUCUACAAGUUCAAGCAUGGGCCUUUCUGGUGGACGAGCGAUGUUCACGGGGUUCUCCGCAGAGACCCACUUUGGAGGCAGUCGAGCAGGGCUGUCUUCAUGCCAGAGCAUCGGCAUCGACGCGCCCGAGACUAUGGGAGGUUCCGAGACCCAUGGCCAAAGAACGCUUCGUGAUCCACGCGUUCUCGGGCAGGAGGCGUCCAGGAGACUUUCAGUUCUUUCUGGACGAGGCACAAGCCAACUUCCCCGAGGUCACCAUCUUCACGAUCUCCGUGGAUCUCAUGACGGACCCGCUCUGGGGUGACGUAUCACGUCACUCUGUACGUGAGUUUUGGCUCACAGCUGUGCGUCAGAGGCAGGUCGUUGGGGCGCUUGCUGGACCCCCGUGUGAGACGUGGUCACAGGCGCGUGGCAGCAAGCUUUCUGGAGCUGACGGCCGCCAUCAUGGACCUCGAGUUGUGCGUGACAUCGAGGCACUAUGGGGCAGGGCUUCGUUAGCUUUGAAAGAGGUGAGACAGUUGGACAUUGGGAACCUCCUCCUCCUUUUCGUUUUGGAACUCCUCAUCAAUCUCGCCAUGACUGGCGGAAUUGGAGGCCUGGAGCAUCCUGCUCCACCGGCCGAUCCCUUGAAGGCAAGCAUUUGGCGACUUCCUUUGAUGUUGUAUCUGCUGGAGUGGCCGGAGUUCCAAUUUCUUGAGAUAUCCCAAGGGUUGUGGGGAGCGCCGUCUCGCAAACCUACGGGACUUUUGCUUUUGAACCUCGAGAAUAUGAUCCCCGCAUUGCGAAGCUGGCAGCUCACGCUGGAGAUGCCGAAGGGCAGCAGCAUCGGCUUGAACGCGGACGGGGAUUGGGCGACGGGGGUGCUGAAAGAGUACCCUCCGGCGCUCUGUGCUGGCCUCGCCAGUGGUUUUCUUUCUGCGCUCCACGAGCAUAAAGUGGACGCGCACGCCGAGAUCAGUCCCGCAUUCCGAAGGCAGGCCCUAAAGAUGGUUAUGACAACCGAAGGGGCGUGUAUAGGUACUGGUGCUGUCUUGCCACUGGUCGAGGAUGCCGAGCUGGAACUGGAGGUCGAGCAGGCGCUUGCUGCGGAGGCGGUCCCUGCGAACAUCACAAGUGAGCGUGUUGAGGGUCCGACGGGAGAUUUUUUGAUUUAG